AUUUUUAUUAUUUUUGUAUUUCUUUAUUGUUUUUGCUAUUUUCAUGCUUAGAGCACAUUGAGAAAAAGAGAGAGCAGCAGCAGCAGAAGCAGCAGUAACUAUGGACUCAACAACAAGUGACUAUUCGCAACCUACAACUUAUUCUUUAAUAGUACGUCAACAGCCAAGCAAAGCGAGGCUUUGUAGUUUCAAAGAAAAAGUCGAUCGAAGACCAAUUGAUCCCCCACCGAUCAUUGAAUUAUUAAGCAAUACAACAGAUGACCAUUUCUUACAGAACCCUUAUUUCUUUUUAUACGCCACAUUAACCGAUGCCAGUGGAAAAAAUGAUUUACAUUUCGUCAAUGGCAACAAAACCACGGCUGGAGCUGUAGUACAAUCAUUGUACAAACUAAAGGAUCUGGAUAACUCAGAUGGCGGGUUUUUUAUAUUUUCGGAUAUCAGCGUACGUCUUGAAGGAUUAUACAGAUUAAAGUUUACUCUUUUCAGCAUUGAAGGGCCAUCCGUGAAUAGAUUAUGUUCUACUCUAUCUGAUGUCUUUCAAGUCUAUUCUCCAAAGAGUUUCCCUGGAAUGUCAGAAUCAACUUUUUUAACCCGAUGCUUCUCUGAUCAAGGCGUUCGAAUAAGAAUAAGAAAAGAACCAAGGAGUGCUCACCUUGGUAACAGCAGCAAAAGGCGUAGAAGAAAUACUAAUGAAUCGGAUGAUGACGACAAUACGUCUUUAAACGAUACAUACAUAGAACGGUAUCAAAAGAAUCCUCCAGCACAUUCUUCAGCCUCUACUCCUUAUUUUGAUAAAGCUUCUUCCCCAAUAGACUUUAUUGAGCCAAACUCAAAUAAUCGUCAUGAUUACAUCGUCAAGCCGACACUACCUUCACCCAAAGAACUGUUCAAGUCCUCAGCGAUGUCGAUGCAAAACAUUUUGUCAAACGAUCGUGAUCAAUUAUACCAUAUUGUAGACACCGAUAAUGCAAAAGAAAAUAGACUCUUGUGCACAAGAAAAUUGCCUCUUCCUUUACCUUCACACGCUCCUCAACCGUCAAUACAGCAAGAAAAAAUUCAUUUAUGUCAUCCACUUCAGCAGCAACAAACGAUAUUAUUAAAUACCAAUGUAUCAUCUUCAAGAGAUCAGUCAUCGCCAUAUACAAAAGGAUAAAAGAUUAAUACUAUUAUUAUUCCCUCUAUAUACAUAG